AUCCUUUAUCUAUGCAUAAUUCAAUAGUGAUUUGAUGAUUGCUUAAAUAUAUUGAAUGAGUCUUAAAUUUGGUAUUUAAAGUACAAUUACUAUAAUAUUGUAUCGAACAAGAAACUUGCGAGCAUAUGAACUCCUUGAACCCCAUAGAUACUGGUGUUCAUAAGAACUUAGAAAGUGGAAGGCGACUGCAAAUAGGGGUUAAGGUUUCUAUUUCCCGUUUCAGUGUUAAUCAGAUUUAUUAUAAAAUUCAUCCUAAAUGGUUUUUUAUUGAUUUUUUAAUCUUAAAAAUGAACGUUUAUUUUCAAAAAAUUAUAUUUGGACGUAUAGCAUUACAUACAUCGUCACUUCCGAUAGAAACAAAACAUAAUCUACAAAAAAUUGUGGGAACCUAGUAACCUGGAAACGCGAUUAUACAGGUCUGACAGAUACCAAACUUUUCUAUUAACUUCGAUUAAUUUUCACGAAAUGUCGGAAGAUAAUUUAAUUGGAAAACGACCUAAGACUUCUCCUGAGAAAUUAGUCACUGAAGAUUCAAGCACUAACGAAAAGAGAAAAGUAAAAAGAGUUAGUUUUGCCAGUAGCAGUUUUGUUAAGCCAUUUGCAGUUGAUCCCGAAAUAAAUACAUUAUGGGAUGACACUUACGAAGAAGAACUCCAUGAUUCAGAUAGAUCUAUUUGCAGUACUUUGGAUCAAAGUUUCUUAGAAAAUGCAGAUUUUGAAGAGUAUAAUAAAGAAAAUUAUAACCCAACUAAACCAUUUUUAACUGAAGAUAAUAUAACAUUCAGGAAAAAAAUAUUUAAAACUAAUUUAGAAACAAAAGGAAAUGCUACCAAGUCAAAUAUGAAUGAUACACCUAAAAUUACAGAUAAACCCAGAGAGGAGAUAAACAAAGAGUUGUCAGAACAAAUGUACACAUCUGUUGGUGCAUCAAAUGAUAUUUAUCCAACAGAAGUGGACAACUCGCAAUCAUCUACAGAUUUUAUAAAACUGCAUUUUGAAAGUGAUGGGACUACUUUCGAGAACAUUUUUCCAGCUACGUGUGAACAGAUCAAGUUAUAUAAAACUGUCACUGACAGGAAAUUGGUAGAAGAUUGUGAUAUCAGAGUUGACACUGGUCCUCUAACCUCACAGAAAUACAAUAAAAACUCAACAGAAAGUGAACAACAAUGUAAUACAAUACAUGACAGUUAUUCAGGGAAAUCAUUUCAUAAGCAAGCCAAAGGGGUACUGGAUUUGGCCAAAGUUUCAGAUUCCGAUAUAUAUACAAAUUUAUUGGAUAAAUUGGCUGAAGCAGACCUGAGAAAUUUGGAGCUGUUAGAAUCUUCAGAAAAGCCUAACGAAACAGCUGCUGCUGAUUUAAAAGAAAUGCAUCAAUUAGAAUUAGGCUCUGGUGCUGAGUAUGGGAGCAAUUCUAAAGAAGAAACUGAACUUUCCGAUGCUGUUCUCCAAACUUUGAGAGAACUAGUUGAGGAGGCGGUUACAAGGUCUGCCGAUUACUAGGAGUUUGUUAAAUUUCAUAAACAUGAUUACUGUUUUUAAAUCUUUUAUGCAAAAGUUUCUUUCACAGUUAGUUCACCCUGAUGAAGGAUAUUUUGGAUGAAAUCUCUAUGAUAGUGUUAUCAGCUCAAGAUAUGUUAUUGAAGAAGUAAAUGAGUACAUACUUGGGAAAUUUUUGGUGUUUCAAUAAAUAUGUUCAAGAAAUAGGCAAACCUGUUUCCAGAAUAGAAGAUGAAUUUUCGAAAAAUUUUUAUUGUUCAAAUUAUUUUGUAUUUAAAUUAAUGUUAUUUUCAAUAAAAUAUAUGUUGAUACAA